UGUUCCAUGUUAAGACAAAAUUCACUGUUUCUCUUUGACGUUCUUGUUCUUCUUAAAGUCCCUCACUCCCACACACACCACCCUUGUAUAACGCUUUCCUUUCAAAACGGCACCGUAUAAUCACUCGGAGUUUAUUAUAUAUUCCUUCCCCUUCCGUUCCGUUGCAACUCCCAAACCUCAAUCUCCAUGGCAGAAUCUACCCUCGUCGUCUUUCUCAUUCUCAUUCUCACCGGAUAUUCCUCCUCCAGAGACCUCCGUCCUUCGGAACACGGCCUUCUGUUUCAGACCUUAUCACCGGCGGGGACACAUUCUUCGCCGGAGAUGAGAUCUUUCUUCAACAGUGACAAUUCAUCGCCGACAGUGUCGUCUUCGUCUUCCUCCGACGUGGCGAUGCCGAAUGCCAUUACAACCGGAGAUCACUCCACUCCACCAUCGUCGUGGAGGAGAGUCUCCGGUGAAGAUGGAGACCAAGUUGGGAAUGCACUGAAGGCUGCGAGUUUAGCAUGUGGAAUCGUGGGAGCGUUUCUGAUUUUGGCUUCGAGUUUAAUUUAUGUGUUCAAAUAUAGAAAGCGGGUACAAGGCGAAGCUAUGCGUGGUAACAAUGGUGAAUUUGAAAAUGAUGAUGGAAAUAACAAGAUGCAAUUAGUGCUACGUGACCCUUCGAGUUGAGUUUGUUGUUGAUCAAUGAGGUAUGCAAAUGGAGUGGUUUAGACUAUUGUGUCUUUUUUAUUGCUAUUGUUGAAAUAGUUUUCGGUAACUCGUUGAUUGUAAGAAUAAGAAAGAUAACACGGUGGCUUGUGAGACAAGUUAGUUGACAUUAACUAUGAGUAGUUAGAUAUCGCCUUUAGAAGUUUGUUGAGAUUUUGUACCUAAUUCUAGUUGAUAUUAGUUAGGAUCAUUGCAUCUAUAUACAUGCAUCAUCACUUUGUAAUACUCUUGUUUUUUAUUUAUUUUUAUGAAUAAAAUAUAUUUGAUCCUAAA